AUGGCAAUGCGCGCUGUAUUUGCAAAGCCUUCGCUUACGGCUGAAGACGUGGAGCUACUCAUGGGGGAAGCCGAAAUGUUGAUAAAUUAUGCAAUACAUUCACUGGGAAAAACGAAUGUGAAGCAAACUCCUAGCUACGUGUUUAUGAAACUGUCGUCCUUGUUCAUGCUAUUUGACAAUAUGGUACGUACAAUUAAGGUUGUUGGGAAGAAGAUGAAGACCGGCACCUGGUGGAAUAAUUUUGCAGAAAGAUUCCGGACCAACUAUUUCUUCCCUGAAGGAACGGGGUCGGAAAAAACGCAAGUGCUCUGUAGCCUGGUAAAUCGACUGAGUUCGGCAUUGGCUAUAUACAAGAGAGGGGAACUCCCCGCCUUGCAAGAGAUAAUUGAUCUCAAAAAGAUCAUAAUUACCCGAGCGACUAAAGACAGCCAGCUGGCGCACCCGCAGUGGCAGCUAUGGUUACAGGAUGAUAAGGAGUUCUAUGGCUCCGGCGACGACUCCAACAGCACUGAUGUACAAAUGCCCGGAAGCCCUAACACCUUUGCACUAGAAAGGUGCAGUGACCCCCGACUUCCCUGCCCGAUGGCGGCAUUGCUACUGAACUUUCUUAUUAACGACAAUGUGGCAGCAAUGGUUAAUUCUCAGCAACUACGCCUAGAACAAGCGAUGGUGGCUUCUUUCCCUACUGCCUUUGUGGAGCAUAAGAAGCACUAA